AUGUUCUGCUCCUCGAUCUCGACUGCAUUAAGAUCGCCAUCCGAUCUCAUCCCGGAUGAGCCAUUAGAGGGCUUCCACUGCGCUCUGACGAUGGGAUAUGGGCUUUCCAAGUUAGUUGGAGAGCGCAUAGUCUCGGCGGCGCGUGGAUCGAGCGCACGAGCAUAUUCUCUCCGAAUCGGCCAGGUCUCCGGACACUCGAAGAAAGGCCUGUGGAACGACUCGGAGGCAGUUCCGCUCAUGAUCCGCUCUGCUCUAACAUUGAAGGCUCUACCGAAGCUUGACCAAACUUGCUCCUGGUUCCCAGUUGACCUAUUGGCAAUGACCAUCCUCGAGCUUUCCAAGGCUUGUUCCCAGCCCAAUGAGAAUCUUCUCAAUCCCGGCUCGGGCUCACCUACCGAUGAUACCGUCUACAAUCUUUGCAACUUCCGCACAUUCACCUGGCAAUCAUUGCUCGAGUCUCUUGAGCGGGGUGGGUUCGAUUUUGAAACUUUGUCGUUUGAAGACUGGCUUAAGAAGCUGCGGGACAGCGAGGCUCGGGGCGAGGAACAGUCCAAUCCUGCUAUCAAGUUGAUUGAUCACUAUCAGUCGAUGUAUGGCGAAAAGACUCUGGGGAGUCAAGGGCAGAAGACGUUUAUCACGGACAAGGCGGAGAGGGACAGUGUCACCUUGCGCUCUGGUCCGUUGCACAUUAUUGAGGAUGGAGUGCUGGAACGCUAUAUCCAUGACUGGUUGACCCGGUGGGUGAGAGUUUAA